CCUGCUACAUUCACAGGCCUGCUGCGAGCAGCUGUCCCAGAUUCAAAGUUCUCCAAAGGUUUGAUUGCUAAUAUUAGCGUGAGGCUAUUUAAAGAGUGUGUGAGGACGCGUGUGAGCGUUGGAUCUUCACAGUCAAGAAGAAAGUGUGUUUACUCCAGAGAUGAAUGACAGGAUGUGGUCAGUGGGGUUCAUGCAUACAAGCUGAUGCACAGCGCUGCUGGCCACAGACCACAGUGUGAACAGGCAGGCCCGAGUUGCUAAGGUGAGUCAGGCUGUUGUUCGCUCAAAUUUGUCAUGAGCUUGCUGGUAACAGUGUGCGAGAGCUUUCACACACCUUCUUCAACCAGACUGAGAUCUGACCCAGUUUCCUGCUUCUGAUUCUAGAACGGAAGAAAUGGAUGUAUCAUCUUCCUGGAGAAGAUGUAUUUCGAUUGUUAUUUUGCUGCGGCCCACAGGUCACAUUUGUUCACAAUUACUGCUUCUUAUCGUCUAAACAUGAAUUGACAAGUGCCAAGAGAAGAGUUGUGGUAUUGUAUGAGAAAGUCUGGAGUAUGUUGGAGUGGUGCAGGACAUGUAAACCAGGUGUUCAAGGUGGAGGUGGGACUGCACCAAGGCUCAGCUCUGGGGCCCUUCUUGUUUGCCAUGGUGAUGGACAGGUUGACAGAUGAGGUUCGACAAGAAGCCCCUUGGACGAUGAUGUUUGCAGAUGACAUUGUUAUCUGAGGUGAGAACAGGGAGCAAGUGGAAGAUAAGUGGAGGUUUGUCUUAGAAAGGAGAGGAAUGAAGGUUAGCCGCAGUAAGACAGAAUACAUGUGUGUGGAUGAGAGAGACCCAAGUGGACAGGUGAAGUUACAGGAUGUAGAGAUCAAGAAGGUGGAGGAUUUUAAGUCCUGAGGCUCAACUGUCCAGGGCGAUGGAGAGUGUGAGAAAGAGGUGAGGAAGCGGGUGCAGGCAGGAUGGAACAAUUGGAGAAAAGUGUCAGGUGUGAUGUGUGACAAAAGGGUGUUGGCAAGGAUGAAAGGGAAAGUGUCCAAAAGGGUGGUGAGGCCAGCAAUAUUGUAUGGUUUGGAAACAGUGGCACUGAGGAAAAGACAGGAGGCAGAGCUGGAGGUAGCAGAGAUGAAGAUGCUGAGCUUCUCUCUGGGAGUGAGCAGGAUGGAUAGGAUCGGGAAGCAACAUGACUCAGUUUUUGACCGUUUUUGGAUUCCACCUUAUGAGGGAAGGUCUACUGAAUUUAUUACUAUUUUGCUUACUAUAGUGACUUGUGUAGAAAGCAGAACAUCACAUCAGUACCGCUUCUUCCUGCACCGAAUCAAAAAAUAACCUACAACAGACAAAAAAAUCUGUCACGAGUCUUGUUUAACUCUCUCCACUCCUCUGAUAUUUACUGCCAUGUCACCGGCAGCUCGACGCGUGAAGUGCCGGUGCGCUGAAAACGUGACUGCUGUGUCCCGCUCGUGACGUCAUGCCCAAAGAUGCUGUUGAAGAAAGCAAAUAUUAAUAUUUCACUUCCUGACGAUGGCAACAAUGGCCCGGGGUCGUAUCCUUGCUCCCUGCUCAGGUGCCACUCUCACAGACAGGAGCCCUUGGAGCUGUUUUGUGAAUCAUGUGACCUUCUGUGCUGCAGCAUCUGUCACCUGUCCUCCCACAAAAACCACAGGGUGGUGCAGGUCGGGACGGCGCUGCACGAUCAGCGAUGGCUGCUCCAGAACUUGAUGUUGCAGGUGGAGGAAAGAAGAGCGGCGGUGGAGAGCAACGCCAAGCAGAUCGAGGACAGGGUUCACGGGGUGAAAGUCGCACACAGGAAGGCGGAGAACCAGAUUAAAAUGGCGAAGAUGAUUAUGAUGAACGAGCUUAACAAGCGAGCGAACCUAUUAAUAGAGCAACUGGAGAAAAUCUCCGAGGACUUCCAGCAGCGUCUGGAGGAGCAGCUGCAGAGGGCGAUAGAGACGUGCGGCCAGCUGGACCACGUGCAAAAGUUCAUCACCUGGGCAACCACCCACCACUGCCGAGGACCCCUGAUCUUCAGCAGGACGCUGAUUUCGCUCCAGAUGCAGCACCUGCUGGAGUCCUCGCUCCAUCAGGACUCCUGGAAUCCUGUGAAGAUCAAGUUCAACUGGGAUGCAAGUUACUGGACGAAGCAGAUUUCUGAUUUAGGUCUGCUCACUGUUGAAGGGGGAAACUGCUCCCGCCCGCAGGGUUUGCCCUCCUCUACCAUUCUGAGGCCUCAGCCACUCACCUGCCUGUCUCUGCCGCCCGGGUGUCACCGGCCGCGAGAGUCUGGCUGUGGGUACCAGACAUGCUGCGAGCCUCAGAUCUGUUGCCUCCAUGGUUUCCCCUCCCAACUGGACCAUUCGGCCGUGGAGAAGGGCCAGCAGGGGGCAGCACUGUACAGCUCCAGCUGCCUCCAGCCUUCUCUCCUCCCUUCGUCUCUGCAGAGGUGCUGGGAUCAGAACACCUCCUCAUCGUUACAGACGUCCUCACACUGUCCAGGCUCGGUGUCACCGUUGCCUCUGCGCGGAACCCGAUCUGCCACUGUCCAGUCGCAGGCCAAACAUCAUCUCUGCCACCAGGAAUUUCCCGACAGUCACUCUCUGCUCGCCGCGGAGCAUCUCGGACUGAACCAGAACCAAGCUCUCGUCCACAGUCAGGGGAAGUUGGCCGCCGACUCUGCUGCAGGCCAGGAAGUGACAGCAGAGAGGCACUGGGAGGAGAGAGCAGAGGAGCGGAGUGGAGAGAGUGUUGAACAUGAAGAUUCUCAGGAUGAAGAGCCGCGUCGAGGGGAUAAAAGCCCAAUCAGACCGCAGCAGCACAUGCUGGAGUUGAAGGAGGGAACUAAAGCGCCGAGCAGAGGGCACAGAGAUGGACGGAGAUCCACAUCCCUGGAGGUGUCGCUGACAGACUGCAGGAGUGGAGCUGAUGUGCAGAGAAACAGGGCCAGCCUCACCUCCGCCUGUGCGAGGAGGAAGCAGCGCUCGCUCAGCAUCCCUUCAGAGCUGGCAGCCGCUUCCAUUAGUCUUGAUCCGGAGAAACCCGCGGGUCACACACAAGCCCCACUGGCUGGAGCGGAAAAGAAGUGUGCUGGUGUGGAUCAAAGCAGGAGGAGAGCAUCUGAUGGUGUCCUCUGCGUCACCCAACCUGCCUCUGACAGUGUCGCCACCAGGGGGAGUCGAUCUCCUCUGCUGUCGUAUAAAACAGAGCCAGAUUUUGAGGCCACGGAAGGAGGCAGGGCGUCGAGAAGGAGUCCGAUCAUCAGAGAAAGUGGGAAAGACGCCGGCAGACAGCGAGUCCCGGUGGUGUGCUUGGAGCGACUGAAAAUCCUGGUGUCUCAGCUGCCCCCUCACGGUCGACGGCAGAGUGACCCCUCGUCUGCCAGCUCGGCAGAGAAGAACCAGAAAACUUGCCAAGAGGAACGGUCUCCCUGGGUGUCUCCGAGGAGAACACCACCAGUGGAAUCGUCAGCCGAGAGAAACACCUCCACACAGUCGACUCACUGUGGAAGGUUUGGGUCCAUUCAUUCAUCGCCACGUCCCUCUGCUGAUGCCCCGGAAGUUGAGCUGGACUCGGACCCAGACUCCGGGUCUGUGUUGGUGGUUGCUUCUCAGCGGGGCCCAGUGGUUGAUGCGCAGCUGGACACAGAUGCAUCUGCAUCAGAAUCUGACCCAAAUGCAGACUCCUUAUCAGAGGCAGAGACUCCUGCGGAAGAGAAGUCUGCAGGGAAGCGGCCCUGCGAGGAUCCGGAGCCGCGAAGAGACUCCGAGCCAAGUCUGGAAUAUGAGUCAGCUUCAGAGUCAGACGACGGUCGAGGUCAGGAGUCAGAAGUCCAGCCGGACUCAGACAUUUCAUCAAACCCACGUCAGGACUCUCCAAACGCUCAAGAAUCUGAACUGGAUAUGGGCUCAGAUGCUGAAGAAGCCGCCAAUGACGAGCCACAACCGCUGCGCUCCGACCAUGAGGACGAUUCCCCGUUCGGACCCGGUCAGCGGCCUCUUCUCAUCGCCAACCCUGUGGCGCAGUGGGUCACCGAGAGCCAGAGUUGUGAGCAAGACAACCCAGAGAACGAGAGCGAAGACUUCUGCGCGGUGUGCAUGAUCGGCGGGGACCUGUUGUGUUGCGAUCGCUGCCCGAAGGUCUUCCAUCUGUCCUGUCACGUCCCACCGCUGAGGACCUUCCCUUCAGGCGACUGGCUGUGCAGCUUGUGCAGAGACGUGGAGCAGCCAGAGGUGGAGUACGACUGCGACAAGAGCCAACCUUCCUCGAGGAGUGGCCUGUCUGCGUGUGACCAGCGAAAAUGCGAGCGGCUGACGCUGCUGAUCCUGAGCAACAUCCUGAGCGCACCGUUCCACGAGCCUGUCAGUCCGCUGGCCCGCCAUUACUACCAGAUCAUAAAGAAGCCCAUGGACCUGUCUGUGAUACGAGCCAAGCUCCACAAGAAAAAUCCCCACCACUAUCACUCGGCCGAGCAGUUCGUUGCUGACGUCCACCUCAUGUUCCACAACUGUGCAAAGUUCAACUACCCCGACUCGGAGGUGGCGCAGGCAGGGCGCAGCCUGGCCGUCUUCUUCACCUCCAAACUGGCAGACGUUUUCCCAGACAGAGAUUUCCCUUCCUCGCGCUCAGAGAGUGAGAGCGACGAGUACGACGAAGCGUGUCGGACGGCCGACGGCGGCUUUCCCUGGCCGGAGAGGAGAGAGCAGUCCUACCGGAAGAGGAAGAGGAGGCACUCGCUGAGGUCAAGGAGGCAUCACUUCUGAAGCCCCUUGCAGUUGUUGUUCAAUAUUUAAUACUAAAAAACAUAUUCUGCAUGUUAGACUUUGAUCAUUUGGGAUAUAAACAACAUGCUUUGGGCUUCCUAGGAACAAUUGUGAAAGCUGGCGAUCACAUGCUGUACCGUUGCUUCCUGUACUAGAAGGAUUAUUGUGUCAUGCUCUGUAGCUGAUCACGUCAGAUAUAUGUCAGUGUUUGUUAUACUCUAUUAUUGCAUAUGCCUUUUUCUUAUCAUGAUAAGCACAUGCCAUAAUAUGUACCAGUAUCAGUGAAUGCGACAGGACCAGCUGAUGUAAGUACAAUAUUUUAAGAUGUAAGGUCAAGAGGUCUUCCCUGAUUUUGUAUGACUCAUAAUCAAAAAUGUUUGUAUUUUAGGCCAAAUAUUGUUUUGCUGAAUGUUCAUGUUUGUGCAACCAGUAUUGAGAGAUGAUGUUUAAAUAUACUCAGGAGUACUUUAUAUUGUUUUGAUAAGUAUCAUACUGCUGUAACUGCCUGUUGCUUUAUGGUUCAGACUUUCUUAGUGCAGUGCACUUGGCUUGUAGCUUCCGUCUUUAAGUUGGCAACAGUUGAUAAGAUUUGCCUCAGUGUUGUUUGUAUCUAAUGUUGUUAUUCUUUGAAUGUUUGGGGCAUUAUUUCUGUCAUCAUUUUUAUCUGGAUAGAUUUAAAUAUGCAUUAUGUCAAUAAAGAUGACUGAAGA